GUUGUAGAGAAUGGCCAGAACCAAGCAGACAGCGCGCAAAUCCACCGGAGGGAAAGCUCCCCGCAAGCAGCUGGCGACCAAAGCGGCCCGCAAGAGCGCUCCGGCCACGGGCGGAGUGAAGAAGCCUCAUCGCUACAGGCCCGGCACGGUGGCUCUGCGGGAGAUCCGCCGCUAUCAGAAAUCCACCGAGCUGCUGAUCCGCAAACUGCCCUUCCAGCGCCUGGUGCGAGAGAUCGCUCAGGACUUCAAGACCGACCUCCGCUUCCAGAGUUCGGCGGUGAUGGCCCUGCAGGAGGCCAGUGAGGCUUACCUGGUGGGGCUGUUUGAGGACACCAAUCUGUGCGCCAUCCACGCCAAGCGGGUCACCAUCAUGCCCAAAGACAUCCAGCUGGCCCGCCGGAUCCGCGGGGAGCGCGCCUAAACGGAGCCUGGCCGGCCCUGCACAUUCACCCCGAGAGAGAGAGAAACCCAACGGCUCUUUUCAGAGCCACUAAACCAUCGAGAGAGAGCGGGGAGCGAUGAGUUGCAUUACUAUUGUAAUUAUAAAUGAGAAUGUUGCUGGAAAAGCGCAGCAGGUCAGGCAGCAUCCAAACAGCAGGAGAAUCGACGUUUCGGGCAUGUGCUCUUCUUCAGGAUUCCUGGAUUCUGCCUGACCUGCGCAUUUUCAGCUCUGAUCUCCAGCCCUCACUUUCUCCUAUUGUAAUUAUACAACAAGGAAAUAAAUAGGCAAUGAGUUAUAAGCGAUAUUGACAUGGGCAGUGAAGUCAUAACUAAGGAGAUCUUCUGUGUUAGCAGAAUGUUUUAUGACAAAUUGGAGUAUAAUUUUAACAUGACAUUGUGGUAAUGGAUUAUAAAUUCCCGUGAAUUUCCCUCUCUGUCUAUUCCCGGUGGGGGAAGGAAGAGAUUUGGCGCCAAGAGAUCGACUUGCUACUUGCAGAUAUUGGUAUUUUAGGAAGUGCAUAGGAGCUGCGUACAGCAGUAAUGAUGAGUCAGUUAAACAAGAAAGUCAGACAGCGGCAGCUGCGAUCUCUAGUGAUCGCAGAUUCUAGGAUUUAACUAAUGGGAGAUGAGAUAGAAUUGGCGCCAAAAGAUCAACGGCUCAAUUUCAAAUUUGAAAAUCCCACUAAUUUGUAGAAAAGAGCGCGAAGUUUUACAGAUGAGAAUGCGUUGAUUUGUCUAUCGAUUACAGAAGUGUGGUUCAGUACAAUCUCACUUUGCCCCCUUCAGUCCUUUACAGCUGGGGGAAAAAAAAAUCACUUGUGGGUAUUUAAUAUGUUUUCUCUCUCUGGAGGCGGAAAAG